AGUCGCUCUCUGGAGACACAAGGAACAACAACUAGCUAAGAUGUGGAGUUUAGCGGCGACACUGGCGGUGGUGGCGGCCGCGGCGACGGUGGUGGCGGGGGAGCCAGAGGCGGUGGCUGGGGGCGUGUACGCCGCCCCUCUCCCCAUCCCCGCCAAGUGCUACCCCAAGGUCGUCUGGGUCACCAAGUACGAGCAGAUCCUCAAGGAGGUACCUGUGCCUAACAAGGUCUUCAAGACCGAGCUGAUCCCUACCGUCACGUACCUGAACCACGUGGAAAAGGUGUACCAAGACGUGUACCUGACCAAGUACCUGCCCAAGUACGUGACCAGCGUCGUGUACCUGCCCCAGGUGCAGUACGUGACUGACUACAAGAUCAACUACCUCACGGACUACAAGCCCGUGUACGUGACCAAGAAGGAGGUGCUGCCCAAGUACGUGACCCAGACGUACGUGGAGAGUAUCAUCAAGAACCAGGUGGUCUACGACACCGUCUACGAGACCAAGGUGCUGCCUCAGUACAUCACCAAGCUGGACGUGGCCUAUCAGACCGUCUACAAGACCAAUCUGGUACCCCAGUUCCAUACGGUCUACGAUACAAAAUACGUCGAGAAGACAGUGUGUCCGAAGGUUGGAUAUUAGGACUCCCAGACACUAGGAUAAAAGGGGGAUUGUUCACCUCUAGUUCAUGUGCGAUAAUGUUUAAGUAUCGCAGUUGACAUUAUGCGAUAAUUUUGGUACGGUGCUGCUCCAGAUGGUAUCCAUUGAGAUGCUCAUUGAUUUGUUUUUGUUUUUUUGGGGGGAGGGGGGUGGGGGAAAAGUAUAUAUAUAUAUAGCUCACUAUCGUGGCAACACUCAUCCGAGGAGGUACGAAAAUGUUUAAAUAUAUAUGACUUUUUUGGCAUGGACAAAUUUCGUGUAGCAAAAUAUUAAAAAAUUACAGGUACCUUAAAAUUGUGGUAUGACAACCUAUUUUCUUAAAAUCAUGGCAAAUUAGGUUCCUAAAUUUAGGUUUCUAUAUGUGAUCAUUCAUCAUUUUUUUUACACUUUAAUCUAUGUAUGUCAAUUUAGGUUCCUAAAUUUGAGAACGUUAAUCAUGCCAUAUAAAUUUAGGUCCUUAGAUUUAAGGUUAACAAUUUGAGGUCUCUAGAUUUACAAGAACAUAUAGACAUGAGUUCUUCAAGUCAGGAUUAACUAACUUUAGAUACAAUAACCAAAGUUACUAAGCAAGACCCUUAAUAGAGUUCUCUUAACUUAUGUUCAUAAGUUUAGGGCCUAAUAGGUCUCUUAACUUGAGCCUAUAAACUUAGGUGCCUAACUUGGAUUCUUAAAUAUAAUCACCGAAACUUAGGUUGCCUAAAAUUUGUUCAAUAAUUUGGGGUCCUCAACCUUAAAAAGCCCUAAAUAGGGUCCAAAAACACACAAGUACCCCCUAAAAGUCGAGCAUGUGAAAUUCGGUACCUAGAAAAUAUACCGAGAGAAUGCCACCAACCAUGAUGCAGAUGCCAACAGCAAUAGUUAAAUAUAUCAUACUACUCUUUUCGAUUCUCCAACAAAAAAUAUCAUACUUUUGAUCACUUAACAGAAUAUUUUUGUAAAGAUAUAUUUUAUUUAUGUAACAUUUUAACUGCACACAGUUGCAAGGUUGUGUAUGUUUAUGUAAUAUUAUAUUAUAUAAAAGACUGAGAAACAA